CAUUGAAUUCUAGACAUUAUUCACUUGUUUUGAACUGAAUUCGAUUCCAAACGAAAUUUGAUCAACAAUAAGCAACUUCCUGUCUUUGACUUGAACUACUUAAUAACCAUUCUCAUCAUCAAGGAUCACAUUCAACAAACACUCGAAUCUUGGAAAAAAAGCCUUUUUACUCUGGUCAACUUUGUGUUUCUGUAGCUGGAACCGGAAAUAUUGAAUUCUCUAUUUACAGCUCUAUCUCAUGCCAACAAAAAUUCAUCGACGAAAUAUUUGUUUAAAAAUUAUCGAUUUUAUCGACAUAAAAUCUCAACUUAAUUCCAGAAAAAAUAAUGUCGUCAAUUAUCAUAGUGAACAAUAACAACAUGUUGAUCAAAAUGCUCUCACUAGUGAUGGCUAUGAUAAUCGUACAGUCAUCCAUUUGUCAAUCGUUAGUCAUUCCCGAUUCUCAAAGCCAACGGUUGAAAGCUGAAAGACAGCGUCAAGAUUCCAGCAGUAGCAAUGUCCGUCAACGGCGAUCAACAAUAGCUGGUGAACCACUUUGGGAUGGAACUACAUCUAAACUAGCAGGUAACCGAAUUGUACUAACUAAACGAUCGAUUGGUGAUGAUAAUACUGCUGCAUAUGCUGGACAUUCAAUCAUGCGAUUUGGUCGUGCACCACAUAACAUCAUGCAUUUCGGUAAACGAUCAAACAAUGAUGAAGAUACUGCUGCAAGUCAGCUGGAAGCAAUGGCCAAUCAAGUUCCAGAUACUGGUUCUUCGUUUGCCGAUGAUUAUUAUGGUGGCAAUAAAGGAUCAUCAGUACGUUACAUUCUGGUACCAGUCAUGGUACCAUCAUCAGCAUCGUCACAUCCGUAUUCAUCUCAGCCAUCAUCAUCCUCAACUGCUAAUGAUGCGCUUAGACAUUAUCUAAGUAAAAAAUCGGCAGAAAAUCUUGAAACAAGUCGUGGAGUUUUUAUGCAUUUUGGCUAGUCAAAUAAUCAAAUAAUGAUAUCCAACGGCAGAAAUUCAAAUCACCCAAACACACAAAAUACAUAUAUACUUAAAACUUGAUCAAUUUCAGACAUUCAAGUAUUAUCGCAUCAUUCAAUCAAUCAUUCUUUGUUCUUAAUUCAUUGUGUCAUUUAUUUUUAAAUUAUGAUUUUUACCAAAUAAUUUUAUUUCUUUGUGCGAACACAUACACACACACACACACACAUACUAUUGCAGACAUUCAUUGAAUGAUAGAUACACUGACACACGCACAGGAAUGAGGGUUCGGAUUUAAAUUCCGGUUGAUGUGGAAUUUUAUUUCCUUUCUCUCUUUCUCCCUCUUGAUCUUUCUUGUUGUUUACUCAAAUUUACUAUUACCUAAUAUAUAAUAAUAUUAUGGAUGUAUUUGUUCUCUUUGAUGAUAUUAUGAUGAAACACUGAUGAUGAUUAUAAUAACAAACGGCCAUGACAAUAAUGAUGAUGA